CUCAACCGCCACCGGUCGCAUGUGGCGGCUCACGAAACAUCGGGGACCUUGUGACUCGUGAUCGAGGUCAUUUUAAUAUUCGAUCUAUCAUCAUCGCGUUUGAAUUGUGUAGUAACUUGAUAGCUCCCUUCGCAAAUAAAAAUCUGUCGAUUCUACUGUUGGCUGAAGAAUGGGGAUUCUACUAUAAACAGAGCCUGGGAUGUCGAGACUGAGUGUCCGUGUACAUCCAAAGCUAACCGAUUCAACAGUAUUUGAUUUGCAAAACAGAAAGAUUUAUACUGCCUUCGAUUUCAUGAAAAGCGAUUCUGAAAAGUUGAUGCAAUACGCCGGUCUAUCAUUUCAGGAUAUUCUGGAAAUAAAACAAGAGAUAACAAAAUUAUAUGGUGGUCAAAUUAAGAAUGGAAGAGAGUUGUUGAAAACCAAUCACAACAAUGUGAUACUAACUGGAAUUAAAAAUUUGGAUAAUUUGCUGAAAGGAGGUCUACGUGGUGGGCAUAUUUAUGAAAUGUGUGGCUUAUCUUCAUCUGGGAAAUCACAGUUAUGUCAUACAAUUGCUGUAAACAUUGCUAACAAAUUAGAAGGCAUUGUGUAUUACAUUGAUACGAAGGGAGAUUUUUGCGCUCUUAGGGCACACAUGAUUUUAGAGAACACAAAAUGCAACAAGGAACUGAGGCUACUUACUCUUAAUCACAUAAACGUUAUUCGUGCAAAAUCAGUAGCAGAGCUGGUCAAUUUUUUGCAUAGUCUGAAGAUGUUGAAACGAGAGGAUACAGAAAAGCCAAUCAAGCUUCUGAUCAUUGAUUCCAUACCUGCAAUAUUUUUCAAUUCCAAGUCCUCCGAAUUACUCCGGUCUAAUUACACUUGUGGCCUAAAUCAUCUUUCUAAUGUAAUGCGAUGUAUUGCCAAUGAAUUGAAUAUAGUGGUUAUUACAAUUAAUCUCAUAACGAAAUGGCAAGACUGGAACGGUGGGUAUGGUUCUAAUAAUCCUGCAACAGUCCGAGUAGCACUAGGAAAAUACUGGCUCUCUGUACCCAACACGCGCUUACUUCUAGAGACAACUGAUCCUGGAAUUAUGAAGAUAUCGCUGUUGAAGAGUAGUUAUUUAGCAACAGAACAGUCUGUUUGCUACGCCGAAAUAACAAACGCAGGUGUUGUGUGAAUGUUAUAUUCCAUAUAAGUUCGAAUUCCGAAUUAUUUGUGGUAAUUUUUAAACGAAAUACGCAUCUAUAAAUACAAUUUAAAUUUCCUUA